AUGCUGAGGUCAAUCAACAGGCUCGCAAAACCGCGGGUCUUAGUUACGAAGGAUGGGCUUACACGGACCAGCUUAGCAAAAAGCUAUUCAACCGAGACACCACAGGAAACACAUUCGAUUUCACCAGAUGAGGAGACACUUCAAGAGGCACUUGAGCAAGUGCGAAUGUUCUUGGCAGUCGUGGAAGAACGAGAGAAGUCGGCAGCUGAGAAAGUGCGGAUUAGAUCAGCUGUUGAAAAAGCAAGACUACAAAGGAAAGCAAUUGAAGCAAACAAAGCUACCAAAGUGACAGCCCUCAAGACGACUGCCGUCAAAGGAGUCGUCAUUACAAGAGCUGCUGCCAAAGCCAUUGCCACCAAAGGCGUUACCACCAGAAACAUCCCUAUCAGAAGUGUUCCCAUCAAACCAACCACCACACUGAAAGAUGCUGCUAUAAAGAGCGCCCCUACCAAAGCUGCCAUUGCGAAGGAUAUCACUGAAAAGAAUGUUAUUGCGAAAAACACUACUGCAAAAGAUACUGCAGUAAAGAAUUCCACUAUAAAAGCCACUGUUGCGGAGGAUGCCAUGACAAAGAUUAUCAUUGAGGAGGAUAUUCCUAUGAAAAAUGACACCAAGAAGACUGCCGUUUCGAAGGAUAAGUCUGCAAAGAAAGUCAUUACGAAAGACGCUGUUAUGAAAAAGGCUGCGGCCAACAUUGCCUCCGCCAAAGACGUUACUGCGAAAGAUACCACUACCGCCGCAGAUGAUACCACAGCUGCAAAGGUCGGAUCUUCUUCGCCUUUCAGGAGUUCUAGACCUAUUGGAGUGGUCAACAAACUCACUCCCAACAGGAUCAGGCAACAAGCACAUACAAAGUCAAAAAUAUCGCGGAAAAGGUCACGAAAUGGAAAACCGUCGUUGAAUGGACCUCCAUCGGAACCGCCAUUACUGUCGGAGCUGCCAGAGCUGACAUUUCAGCCAGGCCCAUCAGCAGCUGAGGAAGAACUAGGAGAAGAAGAACCGACAAGAAAACCAUUGCCAAAACAAAAGCCGUUGGCAGAAGAUAACUACUGGCGACUGAGAAAAGAAAACCACUCUGAAGAACAUCUCAAAAACUUGCAAAAACUGAAAAGUAUGUCAAAGGAAAAGAGGAACGAACACGUUAAGGAGACGUAUGGAUGGUCAUUAGAAGUCCCAUACUCGAGGGAGCUAUACUAUACCUCCAAGAAUCGUAGAAUGAAUCCCAUACUACACAAACGAUUUGUUGCACUCCAACAACUUCGUUUGAUCAUGGGUUACAGUACCGAGACAAGUUUUAAGGAGGACUGGCUGGAAGACCUGCCUCACCGAUUGAGGAAGACUAGCAUGAGGGAUGUGAGGCUCAUUUGCAUUGACACUGACAGGGUACGAAGACUACCAUAUACACUCAAAGACGAGAUCAAGAGACGCGUCACGUCUUUUCAUCUUGGCGUAUCAAUCCUCGAUACCAGGGACAUUCGGGAUGUCGUCUUGCGCUCAAUCAACUUACCAAACCCGGCGGAUCUUAUCAAGACAUAUGAAUUCGCGGUUCAAACCGAAGUCUCUGAACCAGACAAUUUUAUGUUCGGGAAGACACAGGCGAUAUCUCUGGACGGCAUCAAGAAGAAAUUCGUUGAGUGGCAGCACGACCGAACUGUGAUUGGCGUCGCAUACUCAGCUCGUAACGACUAUGUCAUCUUACGAGACUUUGGUGUCUUUCUUGACCAUAUUUACUGGCUCGACCUUUGCCAGGCGACAUAUCUCAUCGUUCAACAGCCCCAGGCACUUUCCCUCCGCAUACUGCUAGAAAUAUUGGGCAUCCGGUACUCCAAGUUACACUCAGCUGGUAACGAUGCUCAUUUUACACUGCGAGCUUUGUUGGGGUUGGCAGUUCUUGAUGUGACAAACGAGUUGCAGCAUGGCGCAUGUCUUCAGCCCUGGUACCAACUGGCCGCGAGAAUCGCAAAGGCUCCGCUGCCACUAACAGAACUAGAGGAACUGAGACAAAAGGAAAGAAGACUGGCCGAAGUGAAAUCAGCCACAAUCAAUUGGAGCAGAAAAGCGCAGUUGAGCAACACCCCGUUGCCGUACCCUGGUCAGGAUUGA